CAAACCAAACAUCCGUCAGUUUUCAAAAUAGGCUUUUACGUCGCUUUCAGCUCAAAUUUGAGCGAAACAAACAGCCCCUUACUAAAGACGGAGACGGAGGCGAGGGCCGAAUGAGGCAGGAAAGUAGACAAAAACCUCUCAUUCACGUUAGCAGCGGGGCAGCCAGGAGAGGGAGAUGACAGGGUCGGAGGCUGGACCACAUGACCACAUGAAUUUUUCAUUUUUGGGGCUUGACACAAUGUUUCCUAAAAACAUGUAAACCCCAAAUCUGUACCUUCUCCUCCAAAAUUCCCAUUCUGGUAUUCUCCCAAAAAAGCAUCAAAAUCUCAUCUUUUCCAUCAGACCUUGGUAAAUGACUGGACUCCAUAGCAAGCUUUCAUCCUUCUUCAACAACAAAUGGUUUGUGUUUGUGGGUGCCAUGUGGAUGCAAUCUUUUGCAGGGACUGGCUACCUCUUUGGGAGCAUCUCCCCUGUCAUCAAGAGCUCCUUGGGCUACAACCAGCGUCAGAUCGCAACUCUUGGGGUUGCCAAGGAUCUUGGUGGCAGUAUUGGGUUCUUAUCUGGGACCCUGAGUGAGAUCCUCCCUCUUUGGUCUGCUCUUCUUGUUGGUUCCCUUCAGAAUUUGAUUGGAUAUGGGUGGAUUUGGCUCGUUAUCACCGGCCGAGCUGUGCCUUUGCCUCUUUCGAUGAUUUGUAUCCUUAUCUUCAUUGGGAGCAAUGGAGAAACCAAUUUCAACACAGUUGCUCUGGUUUCAUGUGUACAGAAUUUCCCCACGAGUAGAGGGCCCGUAGUUGGAAUCCUGAAGGGCUUUGCCGGCCUGAGUGGGGCAAUCUUGACCCAAAUAUACACAAUGAUUCACACACCUGAUCACGCCACUCUAGUAUUUAUGGUCGCCGUGGGGCCCACUUUGAUUAUCAUUGCGUUAAUGUUCAUCGUCAGACCCAUCGGAGGGAAAAAACAACUACAAUCAUCUGAUGGCCCUAGUUUUGUGUUCAUUUAUAGCGUGUGUCUCCUCCUUGCUGCAUAUUUAAUGGUUGUUACGCUUCUUGAGGAUCUAGUAGACUUGAGCCAUUCUGCGACUAUCUUGUUCACACUUGUCCUUCUCCUUCUCCUAGUACUCCCUAUUGUGAUUCCGUUGCUUCUCACGUUUUGUACUGAUGACACCUCCCCAGACCAAGAGAGUCUAUUGCCUGUAUCCCAAAACGAGGAGGCUUGUGCAUCUGAACAAUCUAGUGACCAGCAUAAGGUUAUUCCUAGUGAAGUAGAAGAUGAAAUUUUGGACUUCUCUUUGUUGCAGACUUUGAAAACGGCAGAUUUUUGGCUUCUUUUUCUUUCUCUUGUGUUGGGGUCAGGUUCUGGUUUGACAGUCAUUGAUAACUUGGGACAAAUAAGCCAAUCUCUAGGUUAUGAAGAAACUCAUGUUUAUGUGUCUAUGAUCUGCAUAUGGAAUUUUCUGGGAAGAAUCGGUGGAGGUUAUAUUUCUGAGACCAUCAUAAGUGAACAUUCAUACCCAAGGCCUGUAGCCUUAGCUGCAGCUCAGGUUCUAUUGGCAAUCGGUCAUUUGUUCUUCGCUAUGGCUUGGCCUGGAACAAUGUACAUAGGGACGCUGCUGAUUGGGCUUGGAUAUGGAGCUCACUGGUCAAUUGUACCCGCAACUGCCUCUGAUCUCUUUGGACUUAAAAGCUUUGGGGCCUUGUAUAAUGUUCUCACCAUGGCAAGUCCGGUUGGUUCACUGAUAUUCUCAGGUGUUAUUGUCAGUGGUAUAUAUGACUAUGAAGCGGAGCAACAGCACAAACAACAUAAUUCACAACAAUCUCUUCUUGGUAGAUUAGCCUAUGGAACUAGUCUUGGUGUCGAUGAGGCAUCAAAGUGUGAAGGUGCAGUGUGCUUCUUCCUCUCUUCAUUGAUUAUGUGUGCAUUUUGCAUUGUUGCGAUGACCUUAAGUUUGAUUCUUGUUCAUAAAACCAAGUCUGUCUAUGCCAACCUUUACGGGAAAACCACACGGGUGGUUCGUGCUGCAGUGAAUUGAAGUGAAUGUUGCUUAUGUGAACUUUGCUCACAGUAUCUUUAUGUGCAUUCGUGGAGAGGAAAUGAGAAAUCAGCAGAAGGAAUCAAUAUCUGGGAAAGGUGCCCAUUUUUUGUUUCUCUCUAUCAUUUGUUCUCCAAACGUUGUGAGAUUCUUUUAUCCUGUGUAUAUAUAAUACUUAUUUCUUUAGAGUAAUUUGGGGUCCCUUAUGGUGUCUACUUUCAAAUGGGCUUUUUGGGUAUGUUUUUGGUUAUUUUUGGUUAUUUUUUGGUGCUUUCUUAUGUAGGUUUUCCUUUGUCUAUGAACGUCAGCCUAUAAUUUGUAGAAUGACCUUCGAGAA